ACUUCCUGCCGUCAGACAGCCAGUUCAGGCCAGUUCACUACCGUUGUAGUACUCAGUCUGUCCCGCUGAGCUGUCAACACACAGCAGCGCUCCACUCUGCCUGUCUGCUGCGACAAGAUUUUUCCACUAAACUUAGUCCAUCUUCCUCCUCAACGACGUUUUCCUUCAGAUAACAGCGACUCUCGCCUCACCAUGACUCGAAGGUGAUCUUCAGAGUGUCCAGGUGGUUCUGGGGUUCCAGGUUGGUGUGGUGAGAGAGCAAGCUAACUACGGGGAGGAGGACCGCCUGGGGCAUCGUGUCCCUGGCUCUCAAGUGACUAAGGAAGGGGCCUGGGCUUGGCUAACUGUUCUGCAGCAUGGAGAAGGAAGACUUGAAGGUCCUCAACAAGGGGGAAGAGGAGGAAAUGGAGCUGCAGGGCUACCGUCUAUGUCGUUGGCGGCUGGCCCUGGUGGGCCUUGCGGUGCUGUGUACAGGGGGCUUCCUCCUCCUGGUGCUCUACUGGAUGCCAGAGUGGUGCGUCAAAUCCACCUGCACCCGUACCACAGCCCGUGAUGCUGAAGUGGUGUUGCUGCGCUCCACGGAUGAGUUCCGACGCUGGUUCCUAGCCAGGGUGCGAGUGAUGCUGGCCCCGGGGAGCAACCCCUUCCACAGCCUGGAGACCCAGACCACCUCCCCCUGCUCUCCUUCCUCUCCUUCCUGCCCCUUUUCCUCCCCUGCCUCCACUCCUCUGGCCAACGGACACACCCCUCACCCCUCCGAUGGCAGCCCCGCUCAGGAGCUCAUCAGAAGAUUUGCCGACUACCAGCCCAAACAGAUUCGCUAUUUUACCUUCCAUAGCACGAAGUAUUAUUGGAAUGACGAGGUGCAGAACUUUGAAGUUUUAAUCGGCCUGGAGGAUCUGCAGAUCAACUGCUCCACCCUCCACUCUGAGCACAGUGCAGGACUGACCAGGAACCAGCAGGAGUACAGGAGACUGUUCUUCGGAGUGAAUGAAAUUGCAGUGAAAGUGCCUUCUGUUUUCAAGCUGCUUAUCAAAGAGGUCCUCAACCCUUUCUACAUCUUCCAGCUCUUCAGUGUGAUCCUGUGGAGUGCCGAUGAGUAUUACUACUACGCUGUGGCCAUUGUUUUCAUGUCGGUCAUAUCCAUAGCUACCUCUCUGUACACCAUCAAAAAGCAAUACGUCAUGCUUCACGAUAUGGUGGCAGCUCACAGUAUUGUCCGUGUGUCUGUAUGCCGAGCCAACAAUGAUAUCGAAGAAAUUUUGUCUACUGAUCUGGUGCCCGGUGAUGUGAUGGUCAUCCCCAGCAACGGGACCAUCAUGCCAUGUGACGCUGUGUUGGUCAGCGGCACCUGCAUCGUCAAUGAAAGCAUGCUCACAGGUGAGAGCGUUCCCGUGACAAAGACAAACCUCCCAAACCCAGUGCCAGGGGGGAGGGGGGAGGAGGCUGACAGUGCCUACAACACAGAGGACCAUAAGAGACACACACUCUUCUGUGGCACCAACGUCAUCCAGACCCGCUUCUACACAGGCGAACUGGUCAAGGCUGUAGUGGUCCGCACAGGUUUCGGCACAGCAAAAGGCCAGCUGGUGCGCUCCAUCCUGUAUCCCAAACCCACCGACUUCAAGUUGUACCGUGAUGCCUACCUCUUCCUGUUGUGUCUGGUGGCUGUGGCUGGAAUCGGCUUCGUCUACUCCAUCGUCCUCAGCAUUAUGAACAAGUCUCCAGCUAAGACCAUCAUCAUUGAGUCCCUGGACAUCAUCACAAUCACUGUGCCACCGGCGCUGCCGGCUGCCAUGACAGCUGGCAUUGUAUACGCCCAGCGACGCCUCAAAAAUAUUGGCAUUUUCUGCAUCAGCCCACAGAGGAUCAAUAUCUGUGGGCAAAUCAAUCUGGUCUGCUUUGAUAAGACUGGAACUCUGACAGAAGAUGGAUUAGACCUGUGGGGAGUCCAGAGAGUUGAGAAUGGCAGUUUCCACCUGUCAGAGGAAAAUGCCUACAAGGAAAGUCUUGUAAAGUCCCAGUUUGUGGCUUGCAUGGCCACCUGCCACUCUCUUACCAAAAUAGAGGGCCAGCUGUCUGGAGACCCACUGGACCUCAAAAUGUUUGAGGCUACAGGCUGGAUCCUGGAAGAGGCCACUGAAGAGGAAACAUCUCUCCACAACCGUAUCAUGCCAACUGUGGUUCAACCCCCAAAGCAGCUGUUGCCCCCAGAACCUGCGUCAUCACAGGAACACGACAUGGAACUCUACGAGCUCUCGUCAGCGUAUGAGAUAGGUAUUGUGCGCCAGUUUCCUUUUUCCUCAGCUCUCCAGAGAAUGAGUGUGGUAGCUCGUCUGCUGGGGGAGAAACGUAUGGAUGCCUACACAAAGGGGGCACCAGAGGUGGUGGCUAGUCUCUGCAAGAAAGAGACAGUCCCAGAAAAUUUUGCAGGGGUUUUGGAGGGCUACACCAAGCAGGGUUUUAGGGUCAUUGCUCUGGCUCAUCGUCGACUUGAAUCCAAACUCACCUGGCACAAAGUCCAGAAUAUCAACAGGGAUCAUAUAGAGACAAACAUGGAGUUCCUUGGUCUGAUCAUCAUGCAGAACAAGCUGAAAGCAGAAACUCCAGGGGUGCUGCAUGACCUCCACCAAGCCAACAUCCGCACUGUCAUGGUUACUGGUGACAAUAUGCUGACAGCGAUUUCGGUGGCCCGAGACUGUGGAAUGAUCCCUCCCCAGGAUACAGUCAUCAUUGCUGAUGCCCUCCCUCCCCAUGAUGGACAGGCCGCCAAGAUCAUCUGGAGAUACGCUGACAAGCCAAGCAAGACAUCUCGCCUGGAGGAAGUGAACAUCAGCCUGGAGGAUGUGUGCCAUGCAGACGAGCCCAAAACACAAGAGCUGUACCACUUUGCUAUGAAUGGAAAAUCUUUUUCUGUAAUCACGGAGCAUUUCCCUGACAUGCUUCAAAAGCUGGUGCUGCAUGGGACGGUGUUUGCCAGAAUGGCCCCAGAUCAGAAAACCCAGCUUAUUGAGGCAUUGCAGGGUGUAGACUACUUUGUGGGGAUGUGUGGAGAUGGAGCAAAUGAUUGUGGGGCUCUGAAGAGGGCACAUGGUGGCAUCUCUCUGUCAGAGCUCGAGGCCUCUGUAGCCUCUCCCUUCACCUCCAGGACCCCCAACAUCUCCUGUGUCCCCAGCCUCAUCAGGGAGGGCCGCGCUGCUCUCAUCACCUCCUUCUGUGUGUUCAAGUUCAUGGCCCUCUACAGCAUCAUCCAGUACAUCAGUGUCACUCUCCUCUACUCUAUCCCCAGUAACCUUGGAGACUUCCAGUUCCUCUUCAUCGAUAUUGCCAUCAUCCUCCUUAUUGUCUUUACCAUGAGUCUGAACCCAGCGUGGAAAGUGCUUGUGUCACGUCGGCCACCGUCAGGUCUGAUCUCAGGGCCUCUGUUGUUCUCUGUGCUGACCCAGAUCCUCAUCUGCUUAGGCUUCCAGACCAUUACAUUCCUUUGGGUCCGACAGCAGCCCUGGUACACAAUCUGGACACCACUUACAGAUGUCUGCAACCAGUCAUCACACAUUAACGUGUCCGACAACAUAGAAGUGGACGACCACAACAUCAAAAACUACGAGAACACCAGCCUCUUCUAUGUCUCCUCCUUCCAGUAUCUCAUUGUUGCCGUCGUUUUCUCAAAGGGCAAACCUUUCAGGCAGCCUAGCUACAAGAAUUGGCCUUUUGUGCUGUCCGCGUUGAGUUUGUAUUUUUUCCUGCUGUUCAUCAUGUUCCACCCUAUUGAAACCAUUGACGAGUUUCUACAGAUUGUUUGUGUCCCGUUUGAAUGGAGGGUAAAACUCUUCCUCAUCAUCUUAGUCAAUGCUGCUGUGUCUGUUGUGGUGGAGACCUUCAUCCUUGACAUCGUCUUAUGGAAGCUUGUGUUCAGCCGAGACAAACAGGGCAGCUUUGGCAUCACUCCUGCCGACCCGACACCACAGGGGGGCAUGGACUUGCGGGCGUACAAGUGUCUGUCCUGGCUGUGCUGCCCACGCAAGACGCCCAAGGCCCGCUACAUGCAUCUGGCCCAGGAGCUCAGUGUGGACCCCGACUGGCCUCCAAAGCCAACCACCACCACUGAAGCCAAACCCCGCCCAGAAAACGGUUCCACCUAUCAAAUCAUGAUCAACUCCUAGCACCCCCACAGCCCCUCCAAGUAUCCAGUCUACUCUUUUAUACAGGAGACAUGCAUUUAACGUGUGCGUAGUGAAUGCACAUUCAACCUCUUCAAAUAAAAUUGUCACAGGAAAAAAGCUUGUUGUAACAGUUCACAGAGACUUGCGUCUGAUACUGUAGUUCCGGAGACAUUACUGCAAAAACCAUAGUAUUGCACAUCAAUACCAAAUAAAGUUAAGUUUAAUUUCUCCCAGUACUCUUGCUCUCUCUGGCUCACCCAGUUGGGUGCUCUCAGGGCUCUCUUGCUAAUCUUUAAAUGCCCUUCAAACAUCCAUAACAUUAAAUUUAAUGCCAUUCCCUUAAUACAAUGUUUGUUCACCAAGGCUGAGCAGCAUUCGGCCCAUGUUGGGAGGAGGGUUGGUAAGCCAGGUAGAAUUAGAACGUUGACUUCUUAAGAUCAAAUUCCAAACAGGGUUUAAUAUCCCCUCUCUUCAUCUGUCCGAAAGGGGUAUAAAAAAUAGCCAAAGUCCCGCUUCACUUUAGAGAUAGCUUCUGACAAACGUGUGCCGUCAGAUGGAAAGAUUGAAUACUAGAAAACUGCUACUAUACCAUUGUUAAAAAUAACAAGGUAUUCAGAUUUCAUUAGCAACCACAAUAUUAUAAAUCCAUUUUAGUCUAAGUGUAAAAUAGCCUAAUAUCAUGUCUGAGCCUUUCAGAAAGCUUGAAAAAAUUAGAAAAUUGAGAAGUAGAGUAUAGGAUCAAACAGAUGCGCUAGGCCAGUACAGUGGUUGUACUUAAGUACGACCCUCUCUGGCUGAAAUGGCGAAUAAGAGGAUUGGUCAAUAAAGAGAGUCUGGCAAAGUUUGAGGAAAAGUGCGGAAGAAAGAGGUUCCACUUUAAAAUGGAGAGAUUUUGUUAUUAGAAGUGGAAAGACUGACAGAGCUGAAUGUGGACAGAGUAAUGGAUAGAUACCUGUAGGUGGCUGCACUGACCAACUCUGUAUUACCUGAUCAUACAGUUUUUAAAAGCAGCAGCAAAGAAGUAUAUUCUGUGUUCAUAUUUCUUGGCAUGCUCUGAUUGCUACUAUGUAGUGGUCUUAUACAUCUAAUGUACAUAUAUAUAGAGUCAUUUUAAUGAGCUAACAUAACCACAUGGCAAGCACUCAUUGGAGAGCACAGAGUGAUAACCCAAAUUAUUUUAAAGCUCACCAUGGACCCCAGUGAUGACUGAAAUUACUCAUUUGAGACCAGUAUUCAAAUACUCUUUCAAGCACACUGUGUAGAAAAUUGGGAAUAGCUAUAGCUGUAGUCUGUCUUGUUGAGUUGCACACCCAAGGCUGAAGUCAAUAUUCACAUUUUAAUAGUAAACACAAAAAUAUGCAUAUCAAAUUGGCUGUCAAGGGCUGAUAAUACAGGUCUUGGAAAGUAGAGAUUGAAAUGGGGAAUGUCCGGAUUUCGUAAGAUUUAGAAACUGCUCAAUAAGUCUGAAAAUAUUUUUUUUAAAAAUUUCAAAUUUCAAAGCUGACACGACACAUUAAUAGUAUUUGUAGACGUGCUGUCAUCAGCCAUGAUGUAACAUGGCCUCUGAAAAUAUAGUAUAUUAUCUGACACCUUUUUAAAUUCAUAAGAACAGAAAAUGUCUUGUUAAUACUAUAGGCAAGAUAGGUUUGGAGAAAGUGAGGUUUUUAAUUGCAAUACAUUAUACAUCACAGAUUGAUGAUUGAAAGUACAAAAUGAUGAACCUCAAAAUAAUCUGAGGCCAAAACGUUCAUACACUUACAGAAUAUUAUGGCUUGUAAAAAGUAAAGGAUUUAAAGAGAACAGUGAGGCAGACUGAUACACAAACAGAUUUGCUCAUCCACUCUAAGCCACAGGCUGGGACCUGAGGCAGGCUCUCCAUCAUGUUUGUCAGAAAUUACCUUUUGGGUUUAUGACAAAGAUAUUAUUAUGUAGAAAAAAUAUAAAAAAUGAAAAAAAUAUAAAAAUAUCUCAACUGUGGGAUGCAUUGCAAUGAACUAUGGCACAGACAUUAAUUUCUUUGUUUUGUUUUUUUUUAGCUCCUGAUUUUUCAUGUCAUGCCAAAACUGGACAAAACUUCAGUUCAUAACAGGAUACCUCUAAAGCUAGUGAAUGAGCUCUCAUCAACCUCAGCUGCACUUUGAUAUUAAAGCCAACAUCAGAUGCUAACAUACUAGAUGUUUUUCAUCCAUCAUAAAAGGUUUUUUUUCUAGUGUAUAACGAGCUUUGCACCCUCAGGGGCUGCUAGCGUUGCUAAAAACCAUUCAACUUAUUUUUUUGCAUCUGUGAGCCAUGUCCUGUCAGCUUUUAAUGAGAUCAGACAGGAAACUGAAAGUAUACCAAGACUUGCAUGAAGCCAGCUCCCUAUUCGUCAUGCUCUGAAGAAUUGAAAGACUAGAUGGUUGCAAAACUAGAAAUAUAACUACAAAUAUACAGCAUUACUGUAGAAACAUUUACAUUAACAUGUCUGUAUUCUGUAUCUGUUUUAAAAAAAAAAAACUGCACAAGAAGCAGCAUGAAUCUGACUGGUUAUCAUGGACAGUUAAUAACAUGGAUGAGACCAUAUGAAUCAAAGCAUCCUACAUCUACAAAUUCACAUCAGAGUGGCUACAGAAAGCCAGUAGUUUUUUUUGUUUGUUUGUUUUUUUUAAAUUUAACAAAAUUUCUUCCUAUGGAAGACUGUUUAAAGUGUGAUAGUAAAUUAAGGUAAGGAAUUGUGCAUCCCAUUGACUUCCUGCUCUAGCCGCAUUCAGAAGAUCCACGCAACAGCACACCCUGCAUAAGAUGGAUGCAGAUUACCAUGUACACUUGUAUUCAUGUAUUACACAUAGGCUACCUGCAUAGACAGAUAAGGGCUAUAUUUUAUGUUUGUUCCUGUUUCUUUGACAUUUAAAGUGAUGCUCCCCAAAAUCUGUUCUUAAAGUAUUCUUUACACACUGACCUCCUGUAGACUUUUGAACGGUGGCUGUAAAAGUAUCUAGUUUCUUCCUUUUAAUAAAACCUUACCGUGUAAAGUUUGUAGAAAUAGAUUCCAGUGAGGACAUACUGAGUAAACAGGAGAACAGCAGAAAAGCAGUUUAUACUUGAGUGGAUUGAUGAGGAUGUAGGGUAGAGAAUCACUUUACAGCAAAAACACAAACACACAUGCAGGUGGUUCCCAGUGUCAGUAUAACUAAUAGCAGCCUGCCUUUAAUGAAUUAUAUGGUUUCAUAUUAGUGAGUUCAAAAAGUGUGUUUCCCAAAGUAUUUUAAGAGUGCGAAUCAGUGGUUAUAGGACACCAUGUCUAAAGAAUGUCAAAGUAAAUGUAAUGUCUCUCCUCCAUGACAACAUUAAGCAAAUUAUUUCUGUCAAACCUGGUAAAAGCGCUGCAUUAACUGAUACUUGUAUGACACAUUACAUCGUCUUUAGCUUAUCCAUAUAGAAACACAGUCACAAUAGAUUUCCUUAAUAUCAAUAAUAAGAGUCUGAAGUUGCUCGGUUGCUAAAAGCCAUCGUCUAUCGAGAUACUUGUAAUAAUAUUCCAAAUGCAAAUGAAACUCGUGAUCCAUACUGUUUUUAAGACAAGCUCAAAUGUGACAUGCAACCAUAAUUUUCAUGGAUAUGUUGUUUAUUUAAUGAGAAAAUUGAUAGUAUUUUGUUAUAGUAUUUUGUGGGCAAAUUGUCAGUGUGGGAAGAAGGAUCUAUAGAAAAUAAACUGGUAAGAAAUGUAUAGCCUGGCUCAAAUGGACAUUUUUGUGCCAAUUUACAGAAAAAUUCAGAUAUUUUGUCAAAGUUAAAAAAAAAAAAAAAAAAAAAAAAAUCUGAGUCUGAAUUUAUUACUUCUGUUGCAUUUAAACAAUGUUGCGGAUGUGCCCAAACGUGGGCCACAUGGGUUUCUAUGCUUCUGAAUAUUCAGUAGUAUUUUUUCUUUGCUUUCAGGGUUUAUUUUAUCUCUCUAGAUACCUACUGAGGCUAAAAUUGAAUGUUGUGUAAAAACAAAAUUUAAUGCAAUGCAAUACUAUGGUUAUUGAUUCUAUUUCCAAAGACAUUUCAUCACAUCUGUAUUGGUUAUUUGAAAAUAUUUGAUUUGACUCAGCAGAAGUGGACUUUAAACAAUGAUAAUAAUAUUAGAAGUUGGAUUCUAUCUGUAUAUAUGAGAUGUACAUUUCUAGUGUGUGCAUAGAAGUGAAAAGAUUUAGUUAUAAAAAUGUAUGAUUUUUGGAUUAUUAAAGGGCUGGUGUCUUUUUUUUUUUUGUUGUUGUUGCUAUUUUGGUACUGUGUUACAAUCAGUUUGUCAACUUUUGAUUUGUACUGUCUAUUGAAUUUUUUUGUACUUUCACUUUUGUUUUGGAGUUGCAUUAGCUUGGAUCGUCCUUAUUUUGGCAUGAAUCCAGGGCAUUUAUUACACAGUUUGGAUCAGUUAUUGUGAAGUAUGAUUUGCGCACUUGGAUCAAUAUUUGCUCUGUCUUGUUUAAACAUAAUGCAGCAAAUGUCUGCUUUAGAAUUUGAAUGAAGUUUGUCUGUGUGGGUUCCUAUAGUACAUCUACUUCUCAGCUUUUCUUUUGCUUCUCUUUUCUCUCAAUGCUUUGUAUAAAACCAAGGAUCUGACACAAGAAGGGAAUUCAACUGAUGUAGUAUAUUUAGCAUCUCAUCUCUGCAAAUUCAGAAUUUGAGCAACAUCUGACAAUCUAGUUACUUUUCUGUCUGAUCAUCCAGUGUACAUAUUUUACUUUUCAUUUGUCUAAAACUUUUUAAAAAUCUUUUGCAUCUGUGUAAAAUGAGUAUGUAAUUGGCAAAAAGAAUGUGCAUAGCUGCUCAAUAUCAGCAGUCCAUUGUAAAAGUGAUUAUAUUGCUGCUAGGGGCAAAAUGAUUUGGUCUCAGCUGUGUCAUUACUGUGUACCUUGAUAGAGAAAAUUCAUCAAUUUAAUGAUGUGCAAAGUGUAAAUACUAUUGCUUUUCUUCUAAGAUAUAGUUUUGCCUUUUAAUCUACCACAGCUAUGUCAAAGCUAUUGAUUUUUAUGCUGAAACCUCUAUGCUCUUAUACAGGUACAACAUAUACCGACUGUUGACAGUUAGCAUUGGCCUCUUAUUCACAUCAUGUAUUUUAAACAAACCAUCGAAUGGCAUUUAGAUUGAGUCAGCCACUGAGUGUAUGAAGCCUCACGUGGAUGUUGUUUCCUCAGGGAAAUGUCUAUUUGUAACGAAUAGAGAAAAUAAUAAAAGUUGAUACCCAAACUGAAUGAAAAUAUAUUGUUGAUAAAUCUUUAUAUUACACUCCAUCUGUAUGUCAGCUCUUUCAGUACAGUUUAUUUUAUGUGCUUUUUAUUUGCAGAUCCCACACCUCAGGAAGAGGCUCACCUGGGGUAUAUGUAUUUUUGUUAUUGGCAGAGAUGUACAUUUUUUGAAAAUUUUUGUACUUUAUAAUUUAU